UCUUUCCAAUCUAAUUGUCGUUUAAGGAAAAAUGCUAAUUUUAAAAUACCAUAUUUACUAACAACACUUAAGAUUUUUUAUUCAAAACAAUUAUAGCUGAUCAGCGUCUCUAGAUUAUUUCAAAUUUUUGAAAAACUUUGAUUGGAAUUCGGACAACAUUGAACGUAUGCUUUUGCUGCAAUUGAAAAGAGUUAUCAGUUGAUAUUCAGCGACUUACUUGACAUAUUUAAAUGUCAGCUUGCUCCAAUUGAGUUCUUGUCUGAAGUGUUUGAAACAUUUUUGGAGGUAUCUAAAAAUGGAUUGUGUUCCAGAGAAGGGAAUCCUUAUAGCUAAGGAUGAUUUUAUAACACCGGCCCAAAAGUUGGUGUUCCUGAAAUACAUGCAGCUCAACACAGAGUUCAUAGCAAAACCGCAGGACUAUCCGAAACUCAUGAAUUUGCUGUGUGCGGAACAUAACAAGGUUUGUCCACAAAUGGAAUCGGAAGAAAUAGUUAAUAUCAUGGAGAGUUGGGUGGCGAGCGUUAAAUCACGCUUUAAUCAAAUGUUGUCAGCCAGCAAGACCUUCGUAUUCUCAGCCGAAGAUGUAGAACUAUUGAACUUACUAAAUUCAGAUAAGCAAAAGCCCAACAGCACUGAACUGUCGUGUAUUCUCGAUCAUCUUGAAAUUGCGUACAACUCGCCGAAAGUUUGGGUUACCAUAGGUCUCGAAAUGGAAGCACUUGGGUCGAAAAAGAGUGAAGACUACUGGCAAAAAGCAUUCGAAAGAUGGUGUAACAAAGUGAAGCGGAAAAAACAAAUUUUAGAUGAGAUGGAUUUGCAGCAAUCGGAUAAGAAUAGCUUUUUAAGUGCAUUAGAACUGAGGGUGCUGGGAGUGUUAGAAAAGAUCGAAGCGAAUGAAAACAAAAAGGCCAAUUACUUUUGCCGGAUAUGUAUCCAGAGCAAGGAUGAUGACCUUAAGAAUAUUUAUGAAGUCUACUCGGAUGAUUUAAGUUUAGCUCAAAAGAUAUCACAGUGUGCAAAUGUGCAAGAGGUGUCAGAAGAUGAUAAUUUGCCUCAGUAUAUAUGCGAUAGUUGCCAUCAGUUACUAGAAAGUGCUUACAAAUUCAAAAGCCUUUGUGAAUACUCAGAUCAACAGCUGCGUUUAUUAGCGAAGAGUAAAGUGGAAUAUGUUGAGUACAUCAUGGAAGAAUCGACGGAAUACACAACUCAAACAGUCGAGGAAGAAGAAAAUACCAAUGAAGAGAUCUCAAUUGAAAUGAAUUUGUCGUUUGAGAAUGAUUUAACUUUAUCGGAUGGUAAUAUUAUUGAAAAUGAAGUUAAUGAACAGUUUGAGGAAAGUUCACCUACAGAGAAAGAAUCGAAAAUUGUGGAAGAUAUGGACAUACAUCAAUGUGAAUUGUGUGCGACAAUUUGUUAUAAUAAGGCUACCCUUAAGAAACAUAUGAACAUUCAUACCUUUGCCCGGCCACAUUCCUGCACUGUAUGUCAAAAGGAUUUCAAAACAAAAUUAUCUUUACGUAUACAUAUGCGAUCGCAUACGGGCGAGCGACCGUACGUUUGUGAGGUGUGCGGAAAAGCUUUCACACAAGAUGCGACCCUAUCGUAUCACCGAUCAAUUCACACCGGCGCUAAACCAUACCUAUGCAAUCUGUGUGAGUACCGCGCACGCAAUGUGAACGAUCUGAAAAUUCACAUGAGAAAACAUACAGGCGCUAGACCGUAUCAAUGUGACUUAUGCCCAUCGAAGUUUACAACGUCCAGUAACUUACAAAAACAUGUUCGUCGGCACACGGGAAUUAAAAAUUUUCAGUGUUCGACAUGUUCACGGACAUUUUUCUCACGAGAGUCUGCCCGCAAACACAUGGUGAUUCACACCGGUCUAAAGCCUUAUAGCUGUACGGAGUGUUCUAUGUCAUACGGAUGGUAUAAUGGAUUACAAAAGCAUAUGAAAACUCAACAUCCAGGCAUAAAGAUGCCAACAGAGAAACAUUUUCUGGAUUUAUUAGAAAAAUAAAACCCACUAGCUCUAAUAACCUCAA